CCACUUAAUUUGAGGGUUGAGGGGAUUGGGUGUGUGGUUUAAAUGUUUGGACCGCCACCGCCGUGGAAAUAUCUUUCGAAAAUGAGCUGUUGCCAAGAGAAUAAUGUGGGUGUGUCUAUGGGGCGGACCGCAUAUGAGUGAUACUAUAAGAGCAGUUGUUCUGUUAUCUGGACAAAUCCAUUCUCUCUCACAGGACCUGACGGAUCGACUCUACGACACCCAAAUAUGGCUGGUGUGCAGAAAAACCAAAAUGAGGCACUGAGGAUUGUUCUGGUUGGGAAGACUGGAGUUGGGAAGAGUGCAACAGCAAAUACCAUCCUGGGGAGAAAAGUUUUUGAGUCUAAAUCUUCCCCUGUUUCUCUGACAAAAGAGUGUGACAAGGCUAGAGGGGAGGUGGAUGGGAGAGAAGUUGCUAUUAUUGACACUCCAGGCUUGUAUGACACUAACUUAUCACAAGAGGAGAGCCUGAUGAAAAUUGCAAAGUGCAUCUCCUUCUCUGCUCCUGGGCCCCAUGUGUUCCUUGUAGUGAUUGCUUUGGUUAGAUUUACACAGGAAGAGAAAGACGCAGUGGAGAUGAUUCAGAAAUUCUUUGGAAAAGAUGCAGCAAGAUACAUCAUGGUGCUCUUCACAAAUGCAGACCAGCUUGAAGAAGAACAAACAAUUGAAAACUUUUUACGUGCCUCUUCAGAUCUUCAGGAUGUCAUUGCCAACUGCGGUGGGCGGUAUCAUGACUUCAACAACAGAGAUAAGAAGAAUCGCUCCCAGGUCACUGAGCUGCUUGAGAAGAUAAACAAGAUGGUCACGACGAAUGGAGGAAGCUACUACACCACUGAGAUGUUCCAAAUGGCUGAGAGGGCGAUUAAAGAGGAGAAGAAGAGGCUCCUGAGAGAGCAGGAAGAGGAGACACUCAGAGCGUGGGAGGAACUAAAGGCAAAAUAUGAAGGAGAGUUCCUAAAGAAAAAACAAGAGAUGCUAAGGAAAAUCAAGGAAUUAGAAGCCAGAAUAGAAGCCGAAAGAGAAAAUGAAUACACAAAAAAUCCUCCAAGCGGUGAUUGGUGUAGUAUCUUAUGAGAUGGUGUCGUCAGAAAAACAAUUAAUCGUGAGAUGGCAUUGCAUUAGGCAUGUGACAAUGGAAUAAAAAAUUCACGGCAAUAUUAGAACUAUCCAUUUUAAUGCAGUCACUUAUUAUUAGGAUAGAGCUUGAUUUGCCCUUUGAGUGAAGCCCAGCUUGGGCUCCACAUAAACUCAUGUCCUUUGUUUACAAUUGUAACAUUGAAUGCUGAAUCUGGUAACUUAAAAUGUCUGAAGUAUAUCAGUGUUUUUCCAUCAUCCCGUGUAACAGAUAAAACAUGGACACAUUUGAAUGUGACUGCAUGUACCCAGAAUUCUGUAUUAAAGCUAUUGCUUCAACUGCACCUCAGUC